AUGUCAACCGCUGUGCUUUCCUUUGUUCGGGGAAUUGACUUUUCCCGGAAUGAUUUCUCCGGUGAUCGCUUCCCACAUGCGGUGGAACAGAUGACACAAAUGACAUGGUUGAAGUUGAACAGAGCGAAAUUGGAGAGGGUUCCGGAUGAGCUGUCGCGGUGCACGAAUCUUGAGCACCUGCAGAUGUCGAGAAAUUCGUUGUCAAGUGUCCAUGGUGAACUUUCUGACCUUCCUCGGUUACGAUCAGUCAUUGUUAGACACAAUCAGGUGAAAACAGCAGGCAUUCCUACUGACAUUUUUCGCAUGAAAGAUCUGACUAUUAUUGAUUUCUCUCAUAACCAACUUCGAGAGGUCCCACCAAAUCUGGAGUACGCUAAAGGAGCCAUUGUUCUCAAUUUGAGUUAUAACAAUAUUGAGAGCAUACCGAAUCAGGUGUUUUCGAAUUUGAUAGAUCUUCUGUUUUUGGACCUAUCAAAUAACAAAUUGGAUAUGCUACCACCACAAAUUCGACGGCUGACCAUGGUUCAAGACCUAAAGCUUUCAAACAAUCCACUUCAUCACUUUCAGUUGAAGCAACUUCCAAGCAUGACUGCACUUCGAGUGUUGCACAUGCGCAACACUAAUAGAACUCUCGAUAAUAUUCCUCCUUCCCUGGACGACCUGGAAAAUCUAAGGGAUGUGGAUUUUGCUGAAAACAAUCUGCCCGCUGUUCCUGAAGCAUUAUUUAAAUUGAAAAAUCUGCGAAAGCUUGAUAUUAGCGGAAAUAAGAUCACCAAGUUCUCUAUUCCGGAGGGUAGCUGGGAAACGCUGGAGACAUUGAAUCUCAGCGGUAAUGGAAUGGCUGUUCUUCCGGAUGGUCUUGUCCGCUUAACCAAGCUACAAAGACUUUACGCUAGUGACAAUCAUUUGACAUUUGAAGGUAUACCAAGUGGUAUUGGAAAGCUAGUGCAAUUAUUAGUUCUUCAUCUAACAAGAAAUAAUCUGGAGUUGGUGCCGGAGGGAAUUACUCGCUGUGUCCGUCUUCAAAAACUUCGACUUAAUCACAAUCGGCUCAUCACAUUACCAGAUGGAAUUCAUCUUCUACCUGAUCUCAAGGAGCUUGAUCUCACAGACAACGACGAUCUUGUUAUGCCACCUAAACCAAACGAAGCACGGAAAAAACUAGCGUUCUACAACAUAGACUUUUCUCUCGAACACCAGCGACGUUUGGCUGGACAGAGCCCUUGCUCGUCUAUUUCUUCCCUACAAAGCACGACCAAGGAAAAAGAUCCAGUGGCUCGCCGAAAGGACUUCAUAAGACGAAGAAAGCAACAAACAGAUCAAGAAGACGCCAGCAAAGUUAUCCAGGGUAUGUCGAAAAUUGCUGGUGCCAGUGCAGCGCUGAAGGAACGAGAGGAAGAAGAACAGAAGCUGGCUGCUCGAUCCGCUGUCAAUUGGAAGGCUAAUCUAGAUAAACAACGGAAACAACUUGACUACAGCGAUAUAUUUGACGAAGAUGUUGGUCAUGAUGAGGGGCUUUGGGUGUGGGAAAUCGAGAAUUUCUAUCCAUCACUCGUUGAUGAGGCAUUCCACGGUCAAUUCUAUGAUGCCGAUGCUUACCUGGUCCUGAAAACCACGAAGGAGUCUUCGGGUAGUUUGAAGCACGAAAUUUACUACUGGUUAGGGGAAAGAGCAACGCUCGAUAAGGGGAUGUGUGCUGCCGUGCAUGCAGUUGGCUUACGCAAUCAUCUCAGUGCCACUUGUCGUACGAUACGGGAGGAAAUGAACGACGAAUCUGAAGAGUUUCUCGAUUUAUUCGGAGGUGAAGAAAUAGUUUAUAUCGAAGGUGCACGUACGAGCACUGGCUUCUUCACUGUUGAAAAACCAGCUCACAUUACCAGGCUAUAUCGAGCCUCUGUCAAUGGCACUGCAGUCGAAAUGGAACCAGUUCCAGUAGCUGUAGAAUCACUUGAUCCUCGCUUCUGUUUUCUUCUUGACGCUGGUGAUACCAUUUGGAUAUGGAGUGGAUGGAAAGCAAGGAUCACUGUGGCCAAUAAAGCACGAUUGUUUGCUGAACGGUUGAAUAAAAGAGAUAGGAAAGGUGCAGCGGCAAUCGAAACCUGCCGGGAGCCGAAGAUCCCCGAAGAGUUCUGGAAGGCGUUCUGGGGUUCACCGGAACGACCUGAUGAACCCAUAGUUGAACAUGUUCCGGAGAACUUUGUCCCAGAGAGAAAAAGAUUGUACCAGGUCAAUAUUGGCAUGGGUUUCUUAGAACUCCCUCAAGUUGAUCUUCCUAAAGGUGUGGCGAGACAGGAACUCCUUGAUACAAAAUGUGUAUAUAUCCUCGACUGCACGUCAGACAUAUUUCUCUGGAUGGGCAAAAAAGCCAAUAGACUGUUGAAAAUGGCUGGUCAGAAGAUGGUGACCGAGUUGCAUCAAAUGAUUGAACGACCCGACUACACGCAAGUGUCCAGAGAAACGGAGAAUGAGGAGUCGAUGAUGUUCCGUUCGAAGUUUGCUGGUUGGGAUGACAUUGUACCUGUGGACUUCACACGUACUUCCGAAUCAGUCAGUCGCGUUCCUGAUCUCAAGGUGCUAGUUAAACGUGAUAAUAUGAUGAAGACAGACCUCACAGCAUUGUUCCUUGAUAGACAACCAGCAAUGUCACCGGAAGAAAGUGAAGAGCUCCUUAACGACUGCAACGAGGAUUUAGAAUUUAUAGAAUCCUUCGUUUUGGAAGGAAAGAAGUUUGUACGCUUGCCUGAUGGCGAGUUCGGUACGUUCUACACUAUGGAUUGUUACGUAUUCCUUUGUCGCUAUGCUGUAAUUCCUGAGGAAUCGGAAGAUGAGGAAGAGGAAGAUGGGGACCAAGAGAGCCAACAAGAUUUCAAAUGCGUACUUUACUUCUGGCAAGGACGUGAUGCCUCGAACAUGGGUUGGCUUCACUUUACCUUUCAAUUGCAGCCCACUUUCGAAAAAAUCUUCAAAGAUAAGCUAGAGGUGGUUCGCAUGCACCAACAGCAGGAGAAUCACAAAUUUCUUUCCCAUUUCCACCGGAAAUUCGUAAUCCGUCGAGGUCGGCGCGGGUUGACACGAAACCUCGGUGGUAAGUGGCCAGAGCUCUUCCAGAUGAGAGCAAACGGCUCGAGCGUGUGUACUAGGACGAUACAAAUUGAUUGCCGUGCAAGUGAAUUAUGCUCCGGUUUCUGUCAUAUUUUGCGAGCGCCUUUCAACGUUUUACGAGAAGAUGGCCAGAAGGGAAUUGUGUACGUGUGGAUUGGGGAACAGAGCGACCCUCAUGAACAUGAAUAUGCCCGAAGAGUCGCUAAUGAGAUGAUUAAUCGACAUGACGAAUGUUUCCCUGUUGAAGUGAUUAAGGAAGGUGAAGAGCCCGACGAAUUUUGGGAAUACAUUGGAGGCAAGAAGAAAUAUGAAACAGACUCGUCCUUCUUCCGAUAUACCCGCUUGUUCCGAUGUACUAAUGAGAAAGGAUAUUUUGCUGUUUCCGAGAAGACAGUCGAUUUUUGCCAGGAUGAUUUGGAUGAUGAUGAUAUCAUGAUUCUUGAUAACGGUGAUCUAGUUUUCCUUUGGUUGGGUACAAGGGCUAGCGAAGUAGAGGUGAAGCUGGCUUAUAAAGCUGCAACGGUUUACGUUGCUCAUAUGAGGAUGCGUCAAACUGAUAGGCCUCGAACAUUGAAACUGGCGAUUAAAGGGAAGGAAUCAAGGCGAUUCAAAAAAUGUUUCCAUGCUUGGGGACGGCACAAGGUACCCGCUGGCGAUUGA